AAAUAAGGGCAUGUUUGUACUAUAAUAAAUAAAGAGAAACACUGACAGGCCUCACAUAUUUAAAAAAAAAAUGAUGUAGAGGAUGAUGACAUAGUAAAAAAUUUUAGUAAAAAAUUUAAAAAGUCAAUUCAAUGACAAAUAAGGGCAUGUUUGGCCCCUAAUAAAUAAAGAGAAACACUGACAGGCCUCACACCUUCAUCGCCUGCAAUAUGUCCACGGAAGCCAUGGCUGCAUCCUUCAUCUCACUAGACACUCUACAUCUCCUCAUCCUUUCCAUUUUGCUCCUCUUCAUCUUCCUGAAGUACAAUUCUUCCAAAGCCCAUUCGCUCCCUCCAGGCCCAUCUCCCUGGCCCAUAAUCGGCAACAUCCCCCUCAUCAGAAACAAGCCUCACCGGGCCCUGGCCCAACUAGCCCUAGCCCACGGCUCGCUCAUCUCCCUCCGCCUUGGCACCCAGCCGGUGGUGGUAGCCUCCUCCCCGGCGGCGGCCAGGGCGAUUCUGAAAACCCACGACCGGGUGCUCUCCGGCCGGCACGUGCCUCAUGUGUCGGGCACGAAGAGCCCCGAGCGGAACCACCUCUCCCUCGGCUGGACCGUCGAGUGCACGGAGCAGUGGAAGUUCCUGCGCGCACUCUGUAAAACUGAGCUCUUCGGGGGUAAGAGCCUCGACUCGAAGACGGAUCUGAGGGAGAAGAAGAUCCAUGAAAUGGUGAAAUUCUUGGGAUCGAAGGAAGGGGAGGCGGUGAAGAUUAGGGAAAUUGUGUUUGCGAGUGCGUUUAAUUUGCUGGGGAACGUUCUGGUUUCGAGGGAUUUUGUGGAAUUGGGGGAAGGAGAAGAAGGGGGGAUGAGCGGGGUGAUAAGGAAGCUGAUGGAGCUGUGUACGGCUCCGAAUGUGUCGGAUCUGUACCCGAUUCUGGGGAGGUUGGAUCUUCAGGGGCUGAGGAGGGAGGCGGAUCGAUACUCUAAGAAAUUGUGCGGAGUGUGGGAAAGCAUCAUCAGAGAGAGAAGCGAGGGCGAAGAAGGAGAUGGGAAAAGGAAGAGAGAUUUCUUGGAUGUUUUGCUUGAGAAUGGAUUUUCUGAUGAUCAGAUCAACUGUUUGUUCCUGGAGCUAUUUACAGCAGGAACUGAUACUAGUACCUCGACGGUUGAAUGGGCUAUGGCAGAAAUGAUAAAAAACCAAGAAGCCAUGAGCAAAAUCCGUGAAGAGCUUGCGAGAGAAGCUCCAAAUAGCUUCAUAAGAGAGUCUGACCUUCUUCACCUUCACUACUUGCACGCAUGUGUGAAAGAAACCCUGAGAUUGCACCCUCCCGCGCCACUUCUCCUCCCUCGACGAGCAACCCAGAAGUGCCAGGUUAUGAGCUAUACAAUCCCAAAAGACACCCAAAUUAUGGUAAACGUUUGGGCAAUUGGUAGAGACCCAAAAUUUUGGGAAAACCCCCUGUGCUUUAAACCUGAGAGGUUUCUAGAUUCUGAAUUGGAUUUUAAGGGGAAUGAUUUUGAAUUCUUGCCAUUUGGUGGGGGAAGAAGAAUUUGCCCUGGAUUGUCAAAUGCCAUUAGGCAAGUUCACCUGACCUUGGCUUCUUUAAUACACCACUUUGAAUGGUCUCUUCCACAUAAUCUGGUGCCCGAUCAACUUGACAUGAGUGAGAAGUUUGGGGUGACAUUGCUAAAGGAGGAACCUCUUGUACUCGUACCAAAAAGAAGAACAUGAUCAAUCAUGUCCGGCUUAAGUAUGGUUUGUUCCACUUAUAUUUGAUAAUUCUAAAUUAGUUGUAUUGCUAAAUUUAUUUACAUAUUCAUGUCGAAGUAAUACAUACACAGAUAUAUAUAUAUAUAUAUAUAUAUAUAUAUAUGUGUGUGUGUGUGUGUGUGUGUGUUCUAUUUUAAUUAAUGAUGUCUAUCUCUGUGUAUUGUUUGGACGUUCAAACUUUGUUAAUCAUUUAUAUUAUUGGGUGAGAAAGGAAUAGCGAAGGUUUUGUUAUCUGUUGAACAUCCAAAUCUUGCUAU